UUUGAGGUUGUUUUAAGCUUCUUUCACUUGACAAUGGGAGUUACUGGCUAAACAACUGGCAAGCCAUUAAGAUUGUUUGAUUGAUGCAUCCCACUGCAAAGUGCGUGCCGGGUGCCAAGAUCUUUUGACAAGAGAAAAAGUUUCGUUGGAUUACAUCAAUUUGUAUUAUACAUGAUGGUGGAUGCAGCUGAAUGUUGCGUGAAGGUGAUGUGCAGAUUCAGGCCACUUAACGAGUCGGAAAUCAAUAGAGGUGACAAAUACAUACCGAAAUUCAAAGAAGACACCGUCGUUAUUUCGGGCAAACCGUAUAUCUUUGACCGAGUCCUUUCUCCGAACACAACACAGGAACAAGUAUAUGACAACUGUGCCAAACAGAUUGUUAAAGAUGUGCUAGAAGGAUAUAAUGGGACCAUUUUUGCAAAUGGCCAAACCUCAUCAGGAAAGACUCACACUAUGGAGGGACAGCUUCAUAACCCCCAGCAGAUGGGUAUCAUCCCACGUAUUACACAAGACAUUUUUGACCACAUCUACUCUAUGGAUGAAAACCUGGAGUUCCAUAUCAAGGUCUCUUAUUUUGAAAUCUACCUGGACAAGAUCAGAGACUUACUUGAUGUUUCCAAAACCAACCUUGCUGUACAUGAGGAUAAGAACCGGGUGCCCUUUGUCAAGGGCUGCACAGAGCGCUUUGUGUCCAGUCCAGAGGACGUCAUGGAUGUAAUCGAUGAAGGAAAAUCCAAUCGUCAUGUGGCUGUCACGAAUAUGAAUGAGCAUAGCUCCCGCAGUCACAGCAUUUUCCUCAUUAAUAUUAAGCAGGAGAAUGUGGAGACAGAGAAGAAAUUGUGUGGGAAGCUCUAUCUGGUGGAUCUGGCUGGAAGUGAAAAGGUCAGUAAAACUGGAGCAGAAGGAUCUGUGUUGGACGAGGCUAAAAAUAUCAAUAAGUCUCUCUCUGCUCUGGGGAACGUCAUCUCAGCCCUGGCUGAGGGAACUAAAACUCAUGUGCCGUACAGAGAUAGUAAAAUGACUAGGAUUCUUCAGGACUCUUUGGGUGGAAACUGUAGAACCACCAUCGUCAUCUGCUGCUCUCCCUCCAUAUAUAAUGAGGCUGGAAGUAUUGCUCUUCUUUCUUAACACAGAGCCAAAACCAUCAAAAACACAGUUUCUGUUAACAUGGAAAUGACCGCUGAAGAAUGGAAGAAAAAAUAUGAGAAAGAGAAAGAGAAAACCAGGGGUCUGAAAAUCAUUAUCCAGAGGCUAGAAAAUGAGCUCAAACGAUGGCGGAAAGGUGAGACUGUACCUGUUGAACAGCAACUCAACAGCAAGGAAUCCAAGAAUUCUGAAGCCGCUCCCAUAAUUGACACAUCAGCUCCACCCCCUGAGCCUCUUUCUGAUACAGAGAAAACACAAUAUGAGGAACUGAUCAAUGAACUGUAUCAGCAGCUAGAUGACAAGGAUGAUGAGAUCAACCAGUACAGUCAGCUGGCAGAGAACCUAAAGCAGCAGAUGGCAGAUCAGGAUGAACUCCUGGCAUCCACACGCCGUGACUAUGAGAAGAUCCAAGAAGACCUGUGCCGCUUGCAGCAUGAGAACGAGGCGGCUAAAGAGGAGGUCAAAGAGGUGCUUCAAGCCUUAGAGGAGCUGGCAGUGAACUAUGACCAGAAGAGCCAUGAGGUGGAGGAGAAAGGCAAGACAAACCAACAACUUUCAGAGGAGCUUGUGCAGAAAAGUGCAGCUCUGGUUGGUGUGGAGAGAGAUUUCGCUGCCCUGCAGGAACUGAGUGGACAUCACAAGAAGAGAUCAGCAGAGAUCCUCAGUCUAUUGCUCCGAGACCUCAAUGAGAUUGGCAGCGUUAUUGCCUUGAGUAACCACAAGAUGGCAGAGGUGAAUGGAGGAAUGGAAGAGGAAUUCACCAUGGCACGUCUCUUUAUCAGUAAGAUGAAGUCAGAAGUGAAGUCUUUGGUCAACCGUAGCAAACAGCUCGAGAGUGCACAGACCAAUACAGUGCGCAAAAUGCAGGCCAAUGAGAAAGAGCUUGCUUCCUGCCAGCUCCUUAUCUCUCAGCAUCAGGCAAAGAUCAAAUCCCUUACAGACUACAUGCAGAACAUGGAGCAGAAGAAAAGACAGCUGGAGGAAAGCCAUGAUUCACUGAUGGAGGAGCUUGCAAAACUCCACGCAGAAGAAGAGAUGCACAAGGUGUCAGUUCUGGAUAAGGAAAAGGAACACAUGAGCAGAAUCCAGGAUGCUGUGGAGAUGAAGAAAGCCCUGGAACAGCAGAUGGAAAGCCACAGAGUGGCUCAUCAGAAGCAGGUCUCUCGUCUCCGAGAUGAGAUCGAAGAGAUACAGAGGAUCUUGGAUGAGCUGAAGGAUAUGAACCAAGCUCUUCAGCUUGAACACAAGCAGCUUAUGUCUGACUAUGAAAAGCUGGAACAGGAGGAACAGAAGAAGGAUGAGAGGCUACAGAAGCUUGUUUUGUUGAAUGAGAAAAAGGAGCAAGCCAAAGAAGAUCUAAAGGGUCUGGAAGAGACUGUUGCAAAAGAGCUCCAGACUCUCCACAAUCUGCGUAGGCUUUUUAUCCAGGAAAUCAAUGAUCGAACUGGACAAAGUGUGGAACUGGACACUGAUGAAUCAGGGGGAAGUCUGGCUCAAAAACAAAAGAUUAUUUUCCUGGAGAACAACCUGGAACAGCUCACUAAAGUCCACAAGCAGCUGGUACGUGAUAAUGCAGACUUAAGAUGUGAGCUGCCUAAACUUGAGAAGCGCCUACGUGCAACCACUGAGCAUGUGAAGAUUUUGGAGUCUGUUUUGAGAGAGGCGAAAGAAAGUGCCAUGAAAGACCGUAAGCGGUACCAGAAAGAGGUGGGCCGCAUUGAGGAGGUCAUCCGAGCCAAGAACCAGGCCAGGAGGAACCACACCGCACAAAUUGCUAAGCCUAUUCGUGCUGGACAUCAUCACCCAGUGGUUUCUGCCUCACUAGGCCACACUGUCAGAGGAGGUGUCUCUAGCCCACGACAACACCAUCAUCAGCACCAGCAGCAACAACAGCAGCAGUACCAUCACAGGACCAAGUGAAAACAAGCCAAGGUAAAAAAAAAUGAAAGGUUCUUUCCAUUCAAAUCAUGUGUGGCAUCAAGAGUACAUCUUUUUCAGCUGUCCUUCCUUUUCAAUGAGGAAAAAGAACUACUGUCAUCUUUUACUAAGACUCUCAAGUUAACUUGCUGUCCUUACCAUGACCUCCACACAUUCAUCCAUUUUAAGUCGGCUACUGCCCUCCAUUUAUUCAUUAGCCCUGAAUGGGGAUCUGAGAUCUGUAGACUCUUCCAUGAAUAAACAUUCACAGAAAUGGGCAAACUCAGACCCAUUCUCUGAGACAAAGUGAUAGUGUCUUUUAAAUAGAAGUGCUAUUUCAUAUAGGUGCUAUUUUUUUGCUCAUUUCAUGUUCUGACACUUCCUCUUUGUCUUUAAGUCUUCAAUAUUGUUAUCACAUUCUGAUUAUAGUAAUUCAGCUCAUUUGUCAUCAUAGUUGCCAGGUUAGUUUCCAUCAAAUGUCUUGGAAGAAGAACAUUAGAAGAAUUUUUACACCCCCGGGAGUAUCUUUAGGGCCUUUCUGCGGUUCUCUUAAUUGGCACUAAUUGUUUUAGUCUUAAUGGCCACUGAGAACAUGCAGUGACAUGACUGGGGAAUGUUGUUUAGGAACACAUACAUUGCUUCGAGCUUAAUGCUGAGUGUUUAAAUGAUGUAUAAUGCUUUAUUGAUUGGAAAAACUUUCACUGGAUGUUAAUUUUUUUAUAUUUAUUAUUAUAUACAUUAAUCAUUUGAAUUGAUUGACUGAUUUGAAUUUGUUGAUUGAUUUUGAAUUUAUGUCUUCUGAAGAGAUCCAAUCAGUUUUGGGUGAGAUCAAACCAAAAUGUAACUCCUUUUUCACUGUACAUGUUGCCAUUGCAGUCUCUAGGUACGAUCAUGAUCUCAAGCUCGAUUACACUUUGUUCAGAUCACCAUUCACUUGCAUUGUAUGGACCUACAGAGCUGAGAUAUUCUUCUAAAAAUAUUAGUUUGUGUUCUGCAGAAGAAAUAAAGUCAUACACAUCUGGAAUGGCAUGAGAAUGAGUAAAUGAAGAGAGAAUUCCUUUAAGGAAAGCCAAAGUCAGAAACAUUAUAGCUUCAUAUCAAAAUAGCAAAUGACCCUGUUAAGAAGUUUACAGCUAAUUCCAUUUAUAAUAGGCAACUUACAGUAUGUAUUUAAUAAAACUGUAUAAAAGUUAGAUUUAUGUACUUUUGUAUCAUUAUGCCAUUAUUUAUCAUUUGUACAUUUUACUUUUGAUAUUGCUCUAAGGUCAUGACCUCCCCUGUCAAAUUAACUCUCUCUUAGAGAAUCACUGUAUUCCCCCUUUUUUCUUCUUCUUCUUUAGAAGUGUAUGUAAAGUGAACAGACACCAGUGACUUAUCAAGGUGUAUUGUUUUUGUAUCUAGUACAGUGUUCUUGUACUAUGUUGCUCCAUGCACAACUCUAUGGUGGUGAAUUAUUGUACUACACACACAGACCUCCAUCGAGUGUUUGUCUUCAGGUUCUUGUUCAUCAGUGUUUUAAAGUUCUAUGCUAUGAACCUUUACCUCAGCAGACAGUGUGAUCAUGGGAGCACCUGAAAAUGAGAUAUCAGAGAACAUGGAAUAAACGUUAAAUUUAUUUGGUUUAUAGGUGUAAGGAUGCACAACAAACAUGGGUUUUAAAUGAAUGUUUGUCACAAUAUACCAUGAUUAAAGCACACAUGUGAAUGACGAGGUUUCAGUUUUAGAGUGUGACUCUUAUUAUCAGAUGUUGUGGAAACUGAAAAAAAUAAAAGUUUACU